GGCCGGCCGAGUGGCAGACUUCGCAAUUCGCUGACCUUACCACCUCCAGAUCCUCACCAUCCGAAAGGCCAAGAAGAGACUACAUCUCGAAGGCUAACCAGAUCCUCCCUAGGCGGUUGUGGGCGUUGCGUUGAGUGUAGAUCGCCAUCCAUCCAUCCAUUGGCCCGCCUGUGCCUUCGGCGGGCUAACCGGGAUCGCUGACCAUUAUGUCGGCAUCAGAGCAAAUGCGAGCCAUGCUGGACCAAUUGAUGGGCACCACGCGCGAUGAUCCCAAUGGUGGUGGAAUCAAUGGCAUCAAGUUCACCGACGCUCAAGUCUGCAAAUCGUUCCUUUAUUCGUGUUGUCCACACGAAAUUCUCGCAUCAACGAGAAUGGAUUUGGGAGAUUGUUCCAAGAUUCACGAGUUUGCGCUUCGAGCUGAUUAUGAGCGGGCGGCCAAGAACAAGGACUAUUUCUACGAUGUAGAUGCCUGUGAGCAUUUGAAAAGUUUCAUCGACGAUUGUGAUCGAAGAACUGAAUUGGCCAAGAAGCGUUUAGCCGAAACCCAAGAAGAAUUGUCCGCUGAAGUGACCAGUAAAGCAGAAAAAGUCCAUCAACUGGCUGAAGAUAUUGGGAAGAAGUUGGCCGAAGCCGAGCAAGCUGGAGCUGAGGGUAAAGUCGAAGAGAGCAUGAAACUCAUGGAAGAGAUUGAAGAGAUCCGGAAGAAGAAGGCUUUGGCUGAACAAGAGUAUCGAAACUCUAUGCCUGCCAGUUCCUAUCAGCAGCAGAAGCUUCGCGUGUGCGAAGUGUGCUCGGCAUACCUUGGCAUUCACGACAAUGAUCGACGAUUAGCCGAUCACUUUGGGGGCAAAUUGCACUUGGGGUUCAUCAAGAUCCGAGAGAAGCUGGCCGGACUGUUGGACAACUUCGAGGAUCGAAAAGCGAAACGUCGAGAAGCCAGGCUUCAUGAUGCCGCCCUUGGGGGCGAUGCGGUCACGGAAAAUCACUUUCGAGUUGGUCGAGGCGGUUUGACUGAUGCUUAUCGUGAAAAAGAACGGUUCCACAUGGAACGCGAAAGAGAUCGCGAUCGACCCAGGGGGGAUCGAGAUCGCAAUCGAGACCGCCGACGAAGCCGAUCACGAGACCGAAGUCGGUCUCGUGAUCGCAACCGUCGUCGUCGGUCCCGUAGUCGAUCUCGAUCCCGAGAUCGGCAUCGUCGUCGCCGUCACAGGUCUAGGUCCAAAGACAGGAGACGUCGAUCCCGAUCUAGAGAUCGAAAACAAAGAUCUCGAUCAAAGCGAAGUGAAUCGCAGGAACGUGCGAAACGAUCCAAGUCAAGCGAUCGCUUCAGGGACGAAUCUCCAGGACAUCAAGGAUUUGCGGACCCUGUUAUGCCAACAAUCGACGAUCAAGAUAGUGCGUGAGUGUUACCAAGCAUUCUUCCUCUUCAUUGAGUAUCACGAUUAUCGUAACUACCCCGGUCGUUAAGACCAACCACAUUCGUGUAUUAUUCGAUUAUUCGUAGAGGUAACUGACGACGUUGAUAUCGCGGAUUAUGGGGCGGAGUCGUCGUUGAUUUUGAAUUGCAUUACGCUAGCAGACGCUAAAUUUCCUUAUUUCCACAAUUUCACAUCGGGAAAAAAUAAAUCUGUUUCAAAAAA